CCUACUAUAAUUAGGAUUCAUCUGUUUAAAUACCCCUAUUGUUUCAUUUGUGCGAAAAACAAAUACGCAUGUAACCGUUUCCGCAGAGAAACGAGAUAUGAGUCCCCUAUUGGAAGAGGCAGAAGCUAAACCGGACGGAGUGAAGAAGCCAGUAUUCCUCACGAAAGCUCAGAGAGAACAAUUAGCUCUCCAGCGCCGCCGGGAAGAAAUUGCCGGGCAGAAACGCCGUGCCGCCGAUCGCGCUUCCAGCGAAGCAGCCUCGUCGUCCAGAGACAACAAUAGGUCUUAUUUCGAUCCCGAUCGCGACCGUGACAGGGAUUACCCCCGCUCUUCCCGCGAUAAGGAUCGUGAGAGGGACAGAGAGCGUCGGAGGCGUGGGAGGGAGACGGAGGAUGACGGCAAGGAACGGGAGCGUGUUCGAUCGGAGAAAUCAGCCGAUCGAGCGCGGGAGAAGGAGCUCGAAGCCAUAAAGGAGCAGUACCUGGGAUCUAAGAAACCUAAGAAGCGAGUCAUUAAGCCUAGUGAGAAGUUUCGAUUUUCAUUCGAUUGGGAGAACACGGAGGACACCUCCCGUGACAUGAACUCGCUCUAUCAAAACCCUCAUGAGGCUAGAUUGCUAUUUGGCCGUGGUCUUCGGGCCGGGAUGGACCGGAGGGAACAGAAGAAGCUGGCUGCUAAGAAUGAGACGGAGAUUCUAGAAGACGUCCGGAUGAAGGAUGGGACUGAGGAGACACCAGUUGAAGCAGCCGCUCUCAGGAGAAAAGAGGAAGCAGCUGAUUCGUAUGAAGCCUUUGACAUGAGGGUGGAUCGCCAUUGGUCUGAGAAGAAGCUUGAAGAAAUGACUGAGAGAGAUUGGAGGAUCUUUAGAGAGGAUUUCAACAUCUCCUACAAAGGUUCAAAGAUUCCCCGCCCCAUGAGGAGCUGGACAGAGAGCAAGCUGAUCCCGGAGCUGCUCAAGGCUGUCGAUAGGGCUGGGUACAAGACCCCAUCUCCCAUUCAGAUGGCUGCAAUCCCCCUCGGACUCCAACAGAGGGAUGUGAUUGGUGUAGCUGAAACGGGUUCUGGUAAAACUGCCGCGUUUGUUCUCCCUAUGUUGUCUUAUAUCUCAAGGCUUCCCCCCAUGAGUGAAGAAAAUGCUGCAGAGGGACCAUAUGCUGUUGUUAUGGCUCCCACGCGAGAGCUAGCCCAACAGAUAGAGGACGAGACUGUGAAGUUUGCGCACUAUUUGGGCAUCAAAGUCGUUUCCAUUGUUGGUGGGCACUCCAUUGAAGAGCAGGGUUUGAGGUUUAGACAGGGUUGUGAGGUUAUCAUCGCAACCCCUAACCGACUCAUUGAUUGCCUGGAGAGACGAUAUUGUGUUCUCAACCAGUGCAAUUAUGUUGUGCUUGAUGAGGCCGAUCGCAUGAUUGAUAUGGGUUUUGAACCACAAGUUGUUGGUGUGCUGGACGCCAUGCCCUCUAGCAACUUGAAACCGGAGAACGCGGAUGAAGAGCUUGAUGAGAAGAGGAUCUAUAGAACCACAUAUAUGUUCAGUGCCACCAUGCCAACUUCUGUAGAACGGCUCGCAAGAAAGUACCUGAGGAACCCUGUUGUUGUCACCAUAGGAACUGCUGGGAAGGCAACCGACCUCAUCACCCAGCAUGUUACAAUGGUUAAGGAAUCUGAGAAGACUUUCAGGUUGCAGAAACUACUGGAUGAACUUUCCAACAAGACAGCUAUUGUGUUUGUCAAUACCAAGAAACAAGCUGAUUUUGUUUCUAAGACAUUGGACAAGGCAGGGUACAGAGUGACCACAUUGCAUGGUGGCAAGUCACAGGAACAAAGGGAAAUCAGCCUGGAAGGCUUCCGGACAAAGAGGUAUACCGUGUUGGUUGCAACAGAUGUUGCAGCCCGGGGGAUUGAUAUACCAGAUGUAGCACAUGUGGUUAACUACGACAUGCCGAAUAGCAUUGAGGGAUACACACAUCGUAUUGGGCGAACAGGGCGUGCUGGCAAGACUGGUGUCGCGACCACAUUUUUGACACUUGAAGACACCCAAGUCUUCUAUGACCUCAAACAAAUGCUCGUCCAGUGCAACAGUCGCGUCCCUCCCGAACUUGCUAGGCAUGAAGCUUCAAAGUUCAAGCCAGGAGGCAUUCCUGACAGACCGCCCCGGCGCAAUGACACUGUUUUUACCCAUUAAAGUUUGAGUCUAACAUUUCAACAAGGAAAUACCCAAGGAAAAUUGGAGGAAUGACCUUGUGGGAUCCCCUUUUGCUUUUGGUAAUGCUCCCUCUGUCCCAUAAGAUCCAGACAAUUUCAUUUCACAGAGUUUAAGAAAGUUGUUGAAAAGUAAAAAGUAUGUGAUUAG